CCACUCGCUUUCAGCAAGUUCAGACUGGUGGGACAAACUUUUGUUGCUAUUGUUGCUCGUAUCACGUCCUGACAUCCUUCGGAGUGUUUCUGCGCCCAUUCGGCGAUCUACAAACUCUGUUUUUGCAUCUCAAUCUGAUUUCUGCAGUGUUUUGUGGAGAGUUUACAGCAUGAGUGAAACAGAAGACAAUGACAUUCUUGAGAUGGACUCGGAUACAGAUGAAGGAGACGUUGAGAUGGCUGAUAUGAUCGACUCUAAGACGGUGCAAACAUGCAGAACUACGCCAAAAGGUUCAGAUGUGCCAAAAGUGGAGUUCAAUGGGAACCCAGACUGCCUGUUUUUCAACGAUGGAAAGCGAAGGAUCGACUUUGUUUUGGUGUAUGAGUAUGAGGAGUCUAAAAAUGGAUCCAACAAAAAAGCCUCCGUUAUGAGGAGAAAAAAAAGGCGAAGAGAGUUUUUCGAAGGAAGCCUGAUGAAUCAGGGAUUGCAUCUGGAAAUGACACAAUCCGUAGUGGAUGAGAAGCUUUUCUAUGUGAAAUUGCACAUGCCGUUCGAUGUUCUGUGUGCAAAUGCUGAACUCCUGCAUAUUAAACUGCCCAUCAAAAGCAAUGACCUCCGUACACAAUCCUCCAAGCACAACUGCUGCACUAAACCAUUCUACCCUAAUGAGGACGUGAUUGGCAAAGAGCCGGACUACUUCACGGCGCCCUUCAGGAAAGAUCUGCUAAACCGUUUUCAGCUGAAGGAAAGAGAGGGCAGGGAGUUAUUUACACCGACCAUGAGGAGUAGAAUGGUGUAUUAUAUCCUCAGCCGAGCGGCGUAUGAGAUGAAAGGAGAAAAUAAGAAGUUUGGGAUCACAAAGCUGCUUGCUGGAGGCGUCUAUAAGGCUGCGUAUCCAUUACAUGAUUGCAGGUUUAAUGUGAAGUCUAAAGAGGAGGACUGUCCCAAUGAGCGUUAUCUGCUGUACAGCGAGUGGGCGCAUCCUAAAAACUUCUACAAGAUGCAGCCGCUGGACCUGAUCAGGAAGUAUUUCGGUGAGAAAAUCGGCAUUUAUUUCGCCUGGUUGGGUUUCUACACGGUCAUGUUGAGCCUCGCUGCUGCGUUCGGACUCGGCUGUUUCAUAUACGGAUACAGAAGCAGAGAGAGCAGCACAUGGAGCAAAGAGGUGUGUGACCCUGAUAUUGGUGGACAGAUUGUCAUGUGCCCGCAGUGUGAUAAUAACUGUCCAUAUUGGAGACUCAACACCACGUGCGAGUCCUCGAAAAGGCUGUGUGUGUUUGAUAACUUUGGGACUUUAGUGUUUGCUGUCUUCAUGUCUGUUUGGGUGACUCUGUUUUUGGAGUUCUGGAAACGUUAUCAGGCCAGACUGGAGUACGACUGGGACACGGUGGAGUUUCAGCAGCAGGAAGAGCAGCCCAGGCCUGAAUAUGAGGCCAGAUGCACCUAUGAACGAUUUAGUCCUAUCACACAGUCUAAUGAGAAGGUGCCAUAUACAGCUUGUGGGAAGUGCAUGAGAGUGUCGUGUGGCAUUGGCACUGUGCUUUUCUGGAUUCUGUUGAUCGUAGCGUCAGUGGUCGGGGUGAUUGUGUAUCGUUUGGCGAUGUUUAUGGUGUUCUCGAUGCAACUGCGCUCUGAUCUCAAUAGAAAAGAGCUGGAGCCGUUCAGAGAGUACAUCACGCCUCAGAUGGCCACAUCCAUCACCGCCUCCAUCAUCAACGUCAUCAUCAUCAUGAUCCUCAAUAACGUCUACGAGAAAGUGGCCGUCUGGAUCACAGACUUCGAGCUGCCACGAACGAAAACAGAGUAUGAGAACAGCCUGACGCUCAAGAUGUUCCUCUUUCAGUUCGUCAAUUUUUACUCGUCCUGUUUCUACAUCGCGUUCUUCAAAGGGAAGAUUGUUGGUUAUCCAGGAGAACCCGUCUACUGGUUAGGAAAGUUUCGCAAUGAGGAGUGUGAUCCCGGUGGCUGUUUGACUGAACUGACCACUCAGCUGUCAAUCAUCAUGACUGGAAAGGCCGUCUGGAACAACAUACAGGAAGUCCUGCUGCCGUGGCUGAAGAAUCUGAUGUUUCGCCAUUGCACUCAGGUGGGAUCAGAAAAAGUGAUUCCUCGCUGGGAACAAGACUAUCAGCUCCAGCCGAUGGGAACACUCGGCCUGUUUUAUGAAUAUCUGGAGAUGGUGAUCCAGUUUGGCUUUGUGACUCUGUUUGUGGCGUCUUUCCCACUGGCUCCUCUUCUGGCGCUGGUCAAUAAUCUGUUUGAGAUCCGUGUGGACGCCUGGAAGUUCACCACUCAGUUUCGUAGGAUUGUCCCAGAGAAAGCUCAGGACAUCGGCGCCUGGCAGCCCAUCCUGCAGGGGGUGACCAUUCUGGCGGUGGUCACUAAUACUGCCAUCAUCGCCUUCACUUCUGACAUGAUCCCUCGUCUGGUUUAUUAUUGGGCUUUUUCUGUCAGUCCUUACGUAGAGAACUCAAACCACACCAUGGCCGGCUUCAUCGACAGCUCUCUGUCUGUUUUCAACAUUAGUCACUUUAACAUUACAACCAGACCUCGAGACGACAUCAAGCCUGUCUGGUUCAACAACAUCACCACAUGCCGGUAUCGAGAUUACAGGAAUCCCCCCGAUCAUCAGAACCCAUAUCAGUUCAAUGUUUAUUACUGGCACGUCAUCGCUGCCAAACUGGCUUUCAUGAUCGUGGUUGAGCACAUUGUGUAUUUCACCAAGUUCAUGCUGUCCUACUUGAUCCCGGAUGUUCCUGAAGCUCUGAACGAGCAGAUCAAACGUGAGCGAUUCCUGACGCGGGACAUCCUAAACAAUACCCAGUUGACAAACCUAAUGAAACCCAUCCGAGAGAAACUGCAGACGGACGCGGCUGACUUCACUGAGCUGGAGGAGCUGAUAUAACGACACAGUGAUGUAAAGCACAACUCAAUCCCAACACUGCAUACACUCUAGGAAAUAUCUCUUAAUGCACAGUUGCCUUAUUUAGGGAUUCACAUGUGUUUUCUGGUUACUUAUUUAGUUGUGAAUUGCAUUAUGGGAUGUUGAUCUGUGCUCUGUACGCAUUUAGAGUUGAAAGAUCCACUCUGCAGUUUAACAAAGUGACUUUUACUGACAUUUUAGUAGCUUGAAAUAAUAUAUAGAGAUAAAUAAGUGUGUAAAAUAAGAGAAAACGUGCUGGUAGUUUAUUACAAGGUGUUUGUAGCGUAAUAUACAACAACAUCCCAGACAAUAGAGCACUUUAAACUAUUAAAAACGUCAAUAAGUCACGUUUUACAGCUUUUAAGGUUAACAUUUUUUGGAAGAAAGAUCAAGAUCCCAUAAUGCAACUCAAAUAACAAAAUAUGGGCGGCAUGGUGGCUCAGUGGUUAGCACUGUGGCCUCACAGCAAGAAGGUUGCGGGUUCGAGUCCCAGCUGGGUCAGUUGGCAUUUCUGUGUGGAGUUUGCAUGUUCUCCCCGUGUUGGCAUGGGUUUCCUCCGGGUGCUCUGGUUUCCCUUCACAGUCCAAACACAUGAACUACAGGGGAAUUGAUCAACUAAAUUGGCCGUAGUGUAUGAGUGUGUGUGUGAAUAUGAGUGUGUAUGGGUGUUUCCCAGUACUGGGUUGCAGCUGGAAGGGCAUCCGCUGUGUAAAACAUAUGCUGGAAUAGUUGGCGGUUCAUUCUGCUGUGGCGACCCCUGAUAAAAAGGGACUAAACCAAAGGAAAAAUGAAUGAGUGAGUGAGUGAAUCUUUCAUUGCAGCCAAACUAAAAGAAAUACUUUUAUAAUUCUUUCAUAGACUUUUAAGAAAGACUUUCUCCAGAAGUCAGUAUUAGAAACAAUUUCUUGCUCUGUUAAACAUCACUUGAAAAUAAGUGACGUUUCACCAACUAAUUUCGAGAGGAGCAUGUGAUAUGAUUGAUCGCAGCUGGUCUCUCAUCUUUAAUCAUUAGUUAACCAAUCAGAUUAAUCCAAACUCACUAUAAGUGUCUGGCUAAAGCUGCGGUCACACUGGGCUUGUCCUCCCAUAGACUCCCAUUCAUACGCACGCGAAUGCGUCAGACCGGAAACGCAAGGUCAUGCAUCAAAUUUCGCCGGUUGCUGGGGUGCAAAGUUCAAGCUUGGUGAACUCUGACCUGCGAAAUCGAAUCAUUUGACUGCGUGAAACCAAUCGAGGAUCAAAACAUGACCUCUCUGGACAGAAAUGUAAAAUAAGGACCAAUUGCUUGCGUUUUUUAAUGUCUAAUUAUCUUGUUUAAUCUCGCCCUUUUUCUUAGUGCCGUACGACAGAAUUUCGCAAGCUCAAACUCUAGUGUGACUGUGGCUUAAAACUACCUCUUAUCUUCGUUUUCCGGAAAAAAAAAACAUCCACCCCAUCUCCCCCUUUCUCUCCAGAACUACCUGAUCUUGUACUCCCCUUACAUGCUCAUUGACCAGGCAGGAGCCCUGGGCCCAAUUAUCUCUGAGUGCAGGGUUCUCUCCCGGGACAGCAUGUCAAACCUGCUAUUAUUAUCAAGCAAUAUCUAAUUAUGAACUCUUGAAUUAAAUUUUGUCUAAAACUGUAUAUCAAGCCACGUUUCAGAAACCGCUCUGUCAUUAUAACUCCUCUUAUUAAAUUACCAGCCGUGCUUUUGACAAUCAGAAUAUGAAGAGUUCAGAUGCAGAAACCUCUAAAUGCCAUCUGAAAUCUUCUUCUUAAAUGAGCUUUUUAUCAGGCUGAUAUGUGUAGGUUCAGUCAUUUUAUUUCUGUGGUUGGCACCAGUGGUGUAGUGGUUAGCGAUUUGACACAUGCACUCCGGUGCUCACGGUGACCUGAGUUCGAUUCCCACCUCGUGGUCCUAUGCCGAUCUUUCCCCUCUCUGUGCUCCCCAUGAUUUCCUGGCAAUAAUCUCUACUGUCCUAUACAUUAAAGGUAAACACCCCCACCUCAAAAGAAAAGAUGUUACUUUUAUGGCAAAAAUUAAGUUAUUUCAAAGGUCUUUAAGUGAAGUUUAUUAUAAACAAAUUUCGAGAGGAUCACGUGCUUAUGAUUGUUCACAGCUGUUCCAGCAUUAGCUCAUGACUAAUUACCCUAUCAGAUGAUUCCUAACUCACUUUAAAUAACCAGAGUUUUCUCAUCUCAAUAUCUUCGUCUUGAAGAACCCCCCCACCCCCCACCCAACCCUACUUUCCCUCCUUUCAAACAGGCGACACGGUGGCCAGUGAUUAGCACUGUUGCCUCACAGCGAGAAAACCCCUGGUUUAAAUUCCCUUCCAAACCAUGCGACAUUUCUGUGCGGAGUUUUGCUCGUUCUCCCCGUGCUCGCGUGGGUUUUCCCCGGGUCCUCCGGUUUCCUCCCACAGUUCAAAAACAAGCACCCUAAACAAUUAAUCCAAAAUAUUUACAGCCAAGCUCUGAGUACACCUCUUCUCAGCAUCCAUAUCUGACACUUAGCUAUAAUAAGCGAGGGGGGAGUCAUCGAGAUCUACCUGAGCUCAAUCUCUCCUCUCGCCCUGCAACGGGAGGGAGCCCAGAGCUCGAGGAUCUCAUAAGCUCAGGGCUCUCUCCCGGGACAGCAUGCUUUAUUUAAGCUUUAUUUUCAAUCACCAGUUAAGUGUGAACUCUUGAAAUGUGCAGUUGCGCCCCUGAUUAUAUCUUCAGUUGUUUGAUUAAGAUUAAAAACACAGACAUCAGGGAUCAGAUGUUCUUACUUUAAGGAGGGAAAGUAGGGUUGGGUGGUGGGGGGUGUUCAAGACGAAGAUAUUGAGAUGAGAAAACUCUGGUUAUUUAUAGUGAUGGGAAAAUGUGUGUCUGUAACUUUCACAUUGUUCUGCGUCUUAAAGUAAGGGCUCUCUCCCGGGACAGCAUGCCAAACAAGCUUUAUAAUCAAUCACCAGCUAAGUGUGAACUCUUGAAAGUAAAAUAAAUCAACAUAAAGAAAGGAGGCUGAGAAAAAGGUUCAUUUUGGACUGAAAUAUCAGAUGGCACACAGCUUUUUGAAUCUGAACUCUUCAUAUAAUUUUCAUUUUCCAAAGGACCAUGCAAAAAAGUAGCAUCACUUUAAGGAUUUAAGUAUUAAUUCUGACUACUCACCUGUGGAUUAUUACCUGCCUAUUAUAAAGAUAUUAGCUGUUUAUUAAUACUUAUAAAGCACAUACUCUGCAUGAUCUUAUUCUACAUUUCACAGCCAAUACUCAAACUAAACUACUACCCUAAAAACUAAUAAUAAGCAGCAGAUGAAGAGAUAAUAUAGGCAAAAGUCACCGUUAAUGAUAACAGAUAUAGAUAACAGUAAUUAAUACUCCUUCCUUGUAUUAUGUGAAGUAUUUAAUUAUUAGGGUUUCAUUAGUUAACAUGAACUAAUCUCCUUAAUAUGUCGUUUCAGAAUUCGCUGUUACAUCAUUAAAGUCAAAUGUGGUUUGUAAACAUUAUUAAAUUAAUUAAUCAAUAAUUGUUCAUAGAUUUUAAUGUAUUAACAUAAGUAUUGCUCGUUAUUAGUUACUUUGAUAAUUAUUGAACCCCAUAAUAUGCAUUGAGUUGCAUAAUACUGAUAUAUAUAAUACAAUAUAUAUUAUUAGAAGCAGAUAUGUUAACCACUUCACAAUAUACACAAUCUGCUAGAGACUAUGAAAGAUAUAUAUUUGACUAUCAAUAUAACACUGACAAAUGAGUUUCUAUAAAGUAAACCCAGCACUUAAUAUCUUUUAAAGGUAUGUAUACUAACAAAAACCAGAUUUAUUGAGCUGUACUGUUGUGUUUAUGGUGUUUAUCUACCUUGGAGUAUAUGAAUAUGGUAUUUGUGAUUAAGGUUUGUUCUGUUAAUAAUAUGAGAGUAUUUCCAUAAUACUGUCACACAUGAUACUGUGAGCACAAGAUGUCAUUCUUUAGAUUUUUAUUUUAAUUUUACUCAUGGUUUGUUUGUGAAUAUUACAUUUUGGUUUGUUACAUAUUUGUUAAAUGUGAUGUUUAUAUAUAUACACCUAUAUUUGCACUUAUAUUGACUCCUUUUUUUAUAGAAAGAAAUAAACGGGUACUGUUGUACAGUGUUGAACGGUUUAUUGACAGCUGUUCAUUUGAGGGCUCUAACUACAAUCAAUUAAACGUUUCAUUUAUUUUUUAUCCUG